AUGCCACCGCUAACUGCAGCACAAAAGCAAAAGCGUUAUAAGGAAAAAUUAAAACAAGUUCCUGAAAAAUACGAAGAAUACAAAAGAAAGAAGAGAAAAACUAUCACGCAAAAAAAGAUUAGAAAACGACCUAAAGAAAAAUUCAAUGCUAGGUUUAUUUGGAAAAUGCAAAAAAGAGCAAAACAGAAAAAUUUGAAUAAUAUUGUUAAUUUAAUACCACCAAGUUCUCCGUUAGUUCUACAAGAACACAAUUUAAAUAACAAUAAUCAAGAAGACUUACCGUUACACAAUAAUCCUCAAUGUCAUUCACCAAAUUUAACCAAAAAGGAAAGAGGGAAGAAAAAAGUGAAAAGAAAUCGAUCUAAACUCUACAAAGACAAUUUAAAAUUGAGAGAUGAAAUUGAAAAGUUUGAAAGGAAGUGCAAUAAAUACAAGAAACGUUAUCACAGACUCCGAAAACUACGUAAAUCAAAUAUUCAAUGA